CAGCCAGAUCAGUCUUGGAGCUGAAAUCUACAGCUACUGUCAUACUUUCCUCCCACCAGCAUGAGCGCCGUUGUCCUUAAAGACGGCAACGGGAGCCAGGCUCCGGUAAUCGAUCACAGAAGUUUGCACUGGUCUCCACUCUGUUUUGAAGACGGCGCUCGGCUAAUUUCCUGCGCCGCUGUGUAGCUUCUCUUGAGACAGUCUGAAGCGUGAGCGGAGGUUUGUGCGGGCAACGUUCAGGUACCGGAUAGAGAAUGAAUAAAGAAAAAUUCCAAAAAGACGUCUCUUUGUAGCUGUAAUUCGGAACUAGAAGUCUCGGCGCGUCUUCCCAGGUUGUGGGGUUGAACAGCGAUGGAUGCCGCCACUCAGGGAAAUGGAGGCAUUGUAUCAGAUGUGGUCUUUGUCAUUGAAGGAACUGCUAACUUAGGACCUUACUUUGAGUCCUUGAGGAAACAUUAUUUGCUGCCUGCAAUAGAAUAUUUUAAUGGUGGUCCUCCCGCAGAAACCGAUUUUGGAGGUGAUUAUGGUGGAACACAGUAUAGCCUUGUGGUCUUCAAUACUGUGGACUGUGCUCCGGAGUCUUAUGUUCAAUGUCACGCCCCCACCAGCAGUGCUUAUGAAUUUGUUCAGUGGCUGGACAGCAUUCAGUUUAUGGGUGGUGGUGGGGAGAGCUGCAGCCUUAUCGCUGAGGGACUUAGCACUGCUCUGCAACUUUUUGAUGACUUCAAGAAGAUGAGGGAACAAAUUGGGCAAACGCACAAAGUGUGUAUAUUAAUUUGCAACUCUCCACCAUAUCUCCUUCCUGCUGUAGAGAGCACAACCUAUUCUGGUUACACUACGGAAAACCUUGUCCAGAAGAUUGGGGAGAGAGGAAUCCACUUCUCUAUAAUUUCUCCUCGAAAGCUGCCAGCUCUGAGGACUCUAUUUGAGAAAGCUAUGCCAGUGGGUUCUAUUAUGGAGCCCCAGCCAAAGGAUUAUAGCCAGGAUCCUCGUCACAUGAUACUAGUUCGCGGAAUGGUCCUUCCAGUGGGUGGAGCAGCCAGUGCCCCAGGGGUUCCCCCAAAGCAAACUGUCCCUCAGCCACAGCAUCCUGUUGUCCAGUCACAGAUGCCACCUGCCCCUAUUCACCAGAUCUCUCAAGUUCCAGCUCCAUACAUGCACACUGCCCAGGCAAACUCCCUCACGCCUGCACAAAUUGCCGCUCAGUCUGCUGUUGAAGCUGCCAAGAUCCAGCAACAGAAGAACACCAUGCAAAGGUUUCCUGGCCUAGGUGGUAUGCAGCCUGCUCCAACAGUUGGACCACCAUUUAACCAGCCACCUGCUCCAGCUAUGGCCCAAGCACAAGCUUCCAAGAUGGUUGUCUCUACUGCACCUUUAAUAACACCAUCUUCUCAGCCCAGUCUGGUUUCUACAGUAACCACAGGGCCUGGACCAGCGCAAGGGCAGUUGCCGCAACAGCCAGCUCAGCAGCAGCCAGUCCCACCACAAAUGGCCGGUACAGGAGGACCAGGUGGCAUACCAGCACAGCAGUCUGCUGCACCGCAGAUUGGCACCCCGCAGUUGCCUGCCACACAACAAUCCGUUGCUAACAAAAUGCUUGCAUGGAGUGGAGUUCUGGAGUGGCAAGAGAAACCUAAACCAGCCUCUGUAGACACCAAUGCCAAGCUGACACGCUCCCUCCCUUGCCAAGUGUAUGUCAACCCUGGAGAAAACCUGAAAACUGACCAGUGGCCUCAAAAGUUAAUAAUGCAGCUGAUCCCACAACAGUUGCUGACUACCUUAGGACCGUUAUUCAGAAAUUCACGAAUGGUUCAGUUCCACUUUACUAACAAGGAUCUGGAGUCGCUCAAGGGUCUCUAUCGCAUCAUGGGCAGUGGCUUUGCAGGUUGUGUUCACUUCCCUCAUACUACACCAUGUGAGGUACGUGUUCUCAUGCUACUGUACUCUUCCAAAAAGAGGAUCUUCAUGGGCUUGAUACCGUAUGAUCAAAGUGGCUUUGUCAAUGGUAUCCGACAAGUAAUCACCAAUCACAAACAAGUACAAAUGCAGAAGAUUGACCAGCAACGAAAUCAAAUGGGAACAGCUCAGUCUAUGAAUACUGGCUCUAUACAAAACAACCCUCAAGCCUUCUUAUCAAAACAGCCCAAUGCUUUACCUGUGACACAGACUGUACCACAACAAAUGCCGGGUCAACAAGUUGCACCAGGAAUGCAAUCUGUCAGUCAGGUUACUAUGAUGGAUGAACAGCAGCGAUCUCAGAACCUGUUACAUAUUCGGCUGCCACAGCAACAGCCCCCGCAGGGCACCACCCAGCAGCCUCAGCAGGCCUCUCAAGCCACAGUCCAAACUCCAGGUCAGUCUCAGAAUCCUCAGGGGGGAGCCAUGUUAAGACCUCAGAAUCCUGGUGCCAACCCUCAACUUCGCAACCUCCUGCUCAGCCAGCAGCCACCACAGCCCAGCGUUCCUCAGACCCAGCAGCCUUUGCACCACAUGCAGCAGGCAGCACAGGGCAUGCUCCCCCACCAAGCACUGGGGCAACAGAUGCAACACCAAGCCCCUGGACAGUCUCAGCUGCAGAUGCCAGGACAGUCACUUAUGCACCAAGCACCAACUCAGCAGUGGGGCAAUCAGAUGGCACAACGGGCACCUAUGCCAGGGGUAAUGAUGAACACAGGACCCCGUGGACCAGUUCCCCAGCCAGGACUGCAGCAGGUGCAGACUCAAAGUGUCAUGGAGGAUGAUAUCCUUAUGGACCUAAUCUGAAGAUAAAGCAGGGUUUGCCUGUGAACUGCGAUUCUCUUUUCUCAAACUUUCUUAAGAGAUUAUCCAGAAAAUAAACAAUUUCCACUUGA